AAUAACAAGACGACUCUAGUUGAGAAUUUGAGAUUCUUCCCCGUUGAAGUAUACAGCGUAGAAAUCAAAAUCAACAGUCCAAUUUCAUUUUCAUUUUCGUUUUUUUUUCUUUUUUUCUUUCUCGGAGAGGGUUAGUAUCGGCGGUUUAGAGGUGAAGAUGAGCGGCGAAGGAGGAGGAGGAGAGGAUCCGCAGAAAUUGAAGCGGAUUGCGGCGGCGGCGUACGAUUACGAUAUGGACGCGCGGUGGUCGGAUUACUGGUCGAAUGUGCUCAUUCCGCCGCACAUGGCCGCUCGCGACGACGUCGUCAAACACUUCAAGUGCAAGUUCUACCAGCGCUACAUCGAUCCUGAUUUAAUUGUUGAGCCGAUGGCUACUAGCAGCUCAUCUCAGCCAGCAAGACCAUCAGCUACAUCAGCUACUCAUGAAAGUAGUACUCGUCAAAGGAGUACAGGGUCAUCUAGUAGACCAUCAGGGGCAUCUUCCACCCCACCUCCUAAUUCCACUUCGUUACGUUGGGAUCAGCAAACAAUUCAAUUUUCUGUCAAUGCUUGGGUCUUUGUUGUGGCAGUUCUUGCAAUUUUUCCCCUUGUGCCAAAGAAUCUCUCGGAUCGAGCAUACCGCCUUUCCUUGCUCGGAACUGCAUGUUCUUCUGUGUAUUCAUUGUAUUCACUAUAUGGGAAACCUAGAGCAUGGAACUUGCAGGCUGUGCAAGUGUGGUUCCAGACGGUGAUAGUUACCAAAGAUUUUAUCUACUCCGUGUACUGCCUUACUUUCGUCAGUUCGAAUCUGUGCCUCAAAUUUGCUUUAAUUCCCAUAUUGUGCCGGGCCCUUGAGCAUGUUGCGAAAUUCCUGAGGCGUAACUUUAGCAGAUCAUCCCUGUACAGGAAAUACUUGGAAGACGCAUGUAUUUGGGUAGAGUCAAACACAACCACCCUUAGCAUUCUCUCCUCACAAGCUGAGAUUGGGCUUGGAGUCCUUCUCAUUAUUUCUCUACUCUCGUGGCAGCGCAACAUUAUACAAACAUUUAUGUACUGGCAGCUUCUGAAGCUCAUGUACCAUACUCCUGCUACGGCUAGUUACCAUCAGAGUGCAUGGGCCAAGAUUGGACGGUCUGUAAAUCCGUUAAUCCAGCGCUACACUCCAUUUCUCAGCACUCCAAUUUCUGCCGCCCAGAGAUGGUUUUUAAGAUAGAAGUUUUGAUAGAGUAAGAGAAGAAAGCGGAACAAGUAGGGAAAAAAGAAAAAAAAAAAGAGGUGAAAUUACAGAUUUUCGAUUAAAAGCCGUUCCUAGUAAUAACUACUUAAGAGAGCUAACUUUCUUACUGAACUCUCUCGUGCUCUCCCUCUCCUGAAUGGGAAGGACAAGAAGUGAUCUUCUUUGACUUACUUCUACAGGUUUUUUUUUAUGCAAAAUCGUUAUCUCAGAGAAAAAAUAGCAGACACUAAAUCUCGUAUUUUUACCUACUUUGUUCUCUUACAGAUGAUUCUAGUUUACGAUACUUUUGCAUGUGACUUCGUGACUUUUUACGACAGUUUAUUAUAUUCUAGUUUCCCGACACUAAAUAUGUACGCUCGUUAUUUUUGGCUUAGACUUGUUGCACAGUAAUAUUUUCUUCGAGGAAACUCUCUUGCAUCCUAUGUCUUGUGAAAUUGUAUGCAACAAUUGAACUAGUUAAUGGAUUCUGUGGUUUGUAUGGAA